AUGGAACUCAACCGAGAACAUUUUCGCGCCAUAAUUUAUUCCAACUUUCAGAGACAAUUAUCGCAACAAGAAUGCCUUGCUGAGUUACUGUCUGUUUUCUGCAACGAAGCGCCACAUCAGUCGACAAUUUCCCUCACCCAGGAAAACGUCGAUGCUGUGCGCAAACUCAUCAUUGAAGAUAGACAUGUGACAUAUCGCGAGACUGAGGUGUCCUUGAAGAUCUCAAAGACCUCAAUUCAAAAAAUUUUACAUGAAGAAUUAGGAGUAAGAAAAUUAGUUUCUCGUUGGAUACCCAACUUGUUGACUGAAGACCAGAACGCAGCCAAGGUUAAUUGGUGUCAAAAAACGCUUGACCGUUUCAAUUCCGGAAACUCAAAAAAUGUGUACAGCAUUGUUAGUGGUGAUGAAUCGUGGAUUUAUUGUGAAGAAAAGCCAACAAAAGUCAUCCGUUCUCGAAGUAUUUCGAAAAAGAUGGUCGCGACAUUUGUGUCAAAAGCGGGUCAUAUUGCAACAAUUCCUCUUAAUGAGCAAAUAACUUUUACUGCGGAUUGGUAUACCACCAUUUGUUUGCCAAAAGUCAUCACCGGCGAGCUUCGAAAAAUCAACCCCGAAAGAAGAAUCAUCCUCCACCAAGACAAUGCAAGCUCGCACACAGCCCUAAAAACAAGGCAGUGUUUAAAGGAAGAAAACGUGGAAUUAUUGGACCAUCUCCAUAUAUCACCAGAAGAAGCAGUUGACGCAUUCAAAAAUGCCUGCUUCGAAAAUUGGUUCGAGCGCAUGCAGAUGUGUAUUAAUGUUCGUGGAAAAUACUUCGAAAAAUAA